ACGAUUUGUCACAUUUGUGCAAGUAUAUUAUUUAGUCGUGAAACUUUAAUAAACGCAUUUCGGUAGUAAUAUAAUAUUGCAAAACAUUUUUAUAAAAAGAUUUACAUAUUUAAAACAUAAUGGCCGAUGAUACUAAUGAAGAUAGCUGGCUUUAUGGCACUUCAAAUCCUGAUUCGACAACAAAUGAAGAGAAUGUUGAAGUGGCAGCCGGCAUUGUCGAAGAAACACCGCUUCUUUCGCAAAAAUCAGAAAAUGAAGCAACAGCUUUGGGUGGUGUGAGUGAGGCACUGGGGCCAAAACCAGUUGAAUCUCCUGAUGAAGAAGAGCCUUUUGGUGAAUUUGAAGAUCCAGCACAGGAAAUGGAAGAAGAUGAAGAUGCCGCAGCCGCUGCUGCUAGCACAGCAGCAGAUACUACUGAUGGUGACGACGAUGUGGGCGAAAACGCACAAAAGUCAAAAAGUUCGGAAGAUGGUGAGGCGAAUUCAGAUGAUGACGAUGAUUCCGAUGAUGAUAUCAAUGUUGUAAUCGGUGACAUAAAAGCAGCACCCAGCACUUAUAAUAUUAAGCAGCGCACAAAUUUAUUGGGUGGGCCACCAGGUUCGGGCCAAGAGAAAACCAAGUCUGGUGCACCAGGCGGCAAAUUUAGUGUUGAAGAUUUUGAAGGCGUUGGUACAAUAAACGGCGUACCAGCACAUGAAUUUAGUAUUGAUUCCUUGGAAGAUAAACCUUGGCGCAAACCUGGAGCUGAUAUAACUGAUUAUUUCAAUUACGGAUUCAACGAAGAGACCUGGCGUUCUUAUUGUGAACGACAAAAAAGAUUUCGCAUUCAAGAAAGUGGUGUUGGCUUAGCUAGUUUAACACAAAAUAUAAAUCAAUCUGGUGAAAGGCAGCAUGACGGUCCUGUUAAUGGUGCUCCGAUUGGUACAAUGGCACCUGGAAUGGUGCCAGAACAAAUGCAAUUACCACCACCUGGUAUUUUGCCACCGCCUCAAGGUAUGCACCAUGGGCCGCCACGUAUGGGUAUGGGAAUGCCGCGUGGUCCACGACCAAUUAACAGUACCAAUAGCAAAGAGAACCCCAUUCAAGUAAUGACAGCUGAAUGCCGUGAAUAUUCACGUCCAGGUACGGUAUCUCAAAUACCUACGAAUUUUGGUGCGCCACCGCCAAAUGAUGAACCCUAUUUCCCGGAACCCGAAACAUUCGACUACGGAUAUGAGCCUACACAAGAGUCGCAAUGGAAUAAUGAAAAUCCUAAUUGGAUGCCUUCAGGCAUAAAAGAGUUGACGCCUGGACCAAACAUGGCGCAACCACCUGCAACUGGAAUGGCAGGACCACCUGGUGUACCUCCCAUGGGAGUUCCUCCACCACAAAUUGGUGGACCGCCUCCACAAAUGCGUCAACAUCCACCGUUACUACCUGGAAUGCCUCCACCAAAUAUGGGUAUGGGACCACCACCGCCAGGCAUGGGCAUGAUGAUGGGACCCGGAGGUGCGGCACCAAUGAGAAUGCCAAUGGGACCGCCACGCAUGAUGGGACCACAUGGUGGUGGGCCACCAAAUCCCGGUCAUAUGGAUCGCGAACGUCACGAGCGUGAGCGUGAAAGAGAGCGAGAAUAUGAGCGUACUGAACGAAGGGACAGAGAUAGGGAACGUGAUCGCGAUAGAGAUCGUGAAAACGAAAGGGAACGGGAACGUGAACGCGAUAGAGAAAGAGAACGUGAAAGACCUCGCCGUGAACGCUCACGUAGCCGUGAAAAAAUUAGACGGCGUUCGAAAUCGCGUGAGAAAGAACGCGACCGCGAACGUGACAGAGAACGUGAGCGCGACCGAGAAUCUGAACGAGAAAGAGAACGGGACAGGAGUGAAAAACUUGAUGAUACUGAUCGUGUGGUCGAUGAAGAACGUGAGCGAAGACGACGCGAUCGUGAACGAGAUCGCGAAAGAGAAAGGUCGCGACGAGAGCGUUCGCGUAGUCGUGAAAAAACGCGACGUCGUUCCAAAUCUCGGGAAAAAGAGCGUGAGAGAAGCAGUAAAACAAGUAGCACGUCUUCAACAAACCGUAGUGACAAAAAGAAAUCACAUCGUAAAGAUAAAGAAGAAGAAGAGUAAAAGACAAGAUUCUCGUUAAGAUGUUGAUAGUCUUUGUUAAUUAGAAAAAUAAAGUAACAAAAAACACAAAAAGUAGUUGCCGAACAAUGUUAAAUUUUUUUUUUUUUUCAAUUAUAUGUAAGACAGAGCAAUGGACAUGGACUUAGAAAUAAAUUAGAAUAAAGGCUACAUAUAAAAUACAAGUUAAUACGUAACUAUGAA